UUCACCUAUCGCGGGGGGGUCUGGAACGCAACCCCCGCGAUCGAGGAGGGAUUACUGUACAUGACUAUGAAAUACAUGGAACCAAGGCUAAAUACGGCCAGGAUGGAAACGUGUGGCAUCUCUAAGUGGAUAAAUUAAAAAAUAAAAUAAAAUGAACAAAUCUGUGUGAUUUACUCAGUAGUAAAUUGGGUGUGAAAGUUAGAUGGAGAUCGGCUCUUUUGUUGAGUCCUUACAGUCCUUUUGUUAUCAGUGUAGGUUAGUUUUUAUUUGUUGCUUUAAUUGUUCUGUAUUCCUGUUUCUUUCAGGCUUUUGACUUCAGGGUCCUUUCAACUGUUUCUCUGGCUACUCCUUCUAAAUUUCCUGACUAACAUAAAACUCCCAAUAAAGUAGAGAUAGAAAAAGCUUCUGUUCAGAUUACAUCUCAAUGGAUAUAAACAUGGAAACAUGUGAGGCUGAUAUAAAUACCAGAAAAGUAAUGGCUGUAAGUAUUAAGAAGGAGGAGUGUGAGUCGGAGUCUAUCCACCCUCAACAGGAGAGUCUCUGCCUUAAGGAGGAGGAGGGGGACUGUGAGACAGGGUUAGUGAGCAUUAAAGAAGAGGCUGAAGAGACGUCUGUCAGCAUUGAGACAAACAUUUAUAAAAGUGUGCAGAAUGUUAAGGAAGAGGACCAUCAGUGUGGGGGUGAAGAUGGAGCAGAGACAGCGUUAGUCUCACCUUACAGCAGACCCUGUGCAGCAUCAGAGUCUGCAAUCCUGGUGAAGUCUGAAUCAUCACAGCCUGACACAAAGAAGACUGAAGACCCUUCAUCUGUUAGAAUUGAGGAAGAAGAGUCGCCACCUACAAAUCUGGCUGAAAAGAGAGGCAAACCUCACUGUUGUUCUAAAUGUGGCAAACAAUUCAGGCGCAGUUAUUAUCUACAGAGGCAUGUCAGAAUUCACACCCGAGAGAAGCCAUUUUCCUGUUUGGAAUGUGGCAAAGAGUUUUCAAGAAGAAGACUUUUUCAGACACACAAAAAGAUCCACACUGAGAGAAGCCGUAUUGCUAUGCACAAAAGAAUCCACACUGGAGAGAAGCUGUUGUGCUGUUCGGUAUGUGGCAAAAAGUUUUCAGGAUCAAGCCGUCUUCAGACCCACCAAAGAAUUCACACCAGAGAGAAACCAUAUUGCUGUUUGGAGUGUGGCAAGCAGUUUUCACAAAACAGUACCCUUACAAGGCACAAAAUAAUCCACACAGGAGAGAAGCCAUACUGCUGUUCUGAGUGUGGCAAGCGGUUUUUUGAAAGGAGUAGACUUCUUAGCCACCAAAUAAUUCACACCAGAGAGAAGUCAUAUUGCUGUAAAGAGUGUGGUAAACAAUUCUGUCAUAGGAGUCGUCUUCUUGCCCACAAAAAACGGUGUGGCAACAAAUUCCAUAACCGCAAUCAUCAUUUGAACCAUAAAAGAAUCCACACUGGAGAGAAGCCAUAUUGCUGUUUGGAGUGUGGCAAGCAGUUUUCACAAAAUAGUACCCUUACAAGACACAAAAUAAUCCACACAGGAAUGAAGCCAUAUUGCUGUUCUGAGUGUGGCAAGCGUUUUAUAGAAAGGAGUAGAUUUCAUCGCCAUCAAAUAAUUCACACCAGAGAGAAGUCAUAUUGCUGUAAAGCAUGUGGUAAAAAAUUCUGUGACAGGCGUAGUCUUCAUACACACAAAAAACUGUGUGGCAACAAAUUUCAUGACAAGGAUCAUCUUCUGCACCACAAAAGAAUUCACACAGGAGAGAAGCCAUAUUGCUGUACAGUGUGUGGCAAACAGUUCACUUGCAUGAGUCAUCUUGUAACCCACCAAAGAAUUCACACCGGAGAGAAACCAUAUUGCUGUUUAGAAUGUGGCAAGCAGUUUUCACAAAAUAGUACCCUUAAAAGGCACAAAAUAAUCCACACAGGAAAGAAGCCAUAUUGCUGUUCUGAGUGUGGCAAGCGGUUUUUCGAACGGAGUAGACUUCUUAGCCACCAAAUAAUUCACACCAGAGAGAAGUCAUAUUGCUGUAAAGCAUGUGGUGAGAAAAAAGAUGAUGCCAUUAGUGAUGGUGCUCUCACUCACCCUGGGGUGGUAUCGCUGACCUUGGAUGAACCCAGAAGCAUUAAAGAGGACUGUGCUCAGAUUGUUCGUGGGGAGGCAAACCUCACUGUUGUUCUGAAUGUGGCAAACAAUUCAGGCGCAGUUAUGAUCUACAGAGGCAUGUCAGAAUUCACACCCGAGAGAAGCCAUUUUCCUGUUUGGAAUGUGGCAAAGAGUUUUCAAGAAGAAGACUUUUUCAGACACACAGAAAGAUCCACCCUGGAGAGAAGCCGUAUUGCUGUACAGACUGUGGCAAACAAUUCCGUAGCAGCAAUAUUCUUCUGCACCACAAAAAAAUCAACAAGGGACAAGAGCCUUAUUGCUGUUUCGAAUGUGGCAAAGAGUUUUCAAAUAGGUGCCGCCUUCAGAUGCACAAAAGAAUCCACACUGGAGAGAAGCUGUUGUGCUGUUCGGUAUGUGGCAAAAAGUUUUCAGGAUCAAGCCGUCUUCAGAUCCACCAAAGAAUUCACACCGGAGAGAAACCCUAUUGCUGUUUGGAGUGUGGCAAGCAGUUUUCACAAAACAGUACCCCUUACAAGGCACAAAAUAAUCCACACAGGAGAGAAGCCAUAUUGCUGUUCUGAGUGUGGCAAGCGGUUUUUUGAAAUGAGUAGACUUCUUAGCCACCAAAUAAUUCACACCAGAGAGAAGUCAUAUUGCUGUAAAGAGUGUGGUAAACAAUUCUGUCACAGGAGUCGUCUUCUUGCCCACAAAAAACUGUGUGGCAACAAAUUCCAUAACCGCAAUCAUCAUUUGAACCAUAAAAGAAUCCACACUGGAGAGAAGCCAUAUUGCUGUUUGGUAUGUGGCAAAAAGUUUUCAAGAUCAAGCCACCUUCAGAUUCACAAAAGAAUUCACACCGGAGAGAAACCAUAUUGCUGUUUGGAGUGUGGCAAGCAGUUUUCACAAAAUAGUACCCUUACAAGACACAAAAUAAUCCACACAGGAAUGAAGCCCUAUUGCUGUUCUGAGUGUGGCAAGCGGUUUUUUGAAAGGAGUAGACUUCUUAGCCACCAAAUAAUUCACACCAGAGAGAAGUCAUAUUGCUGA